CAGAAACGCAGGGGGAAUGAUGGUAACAUACUGAUCCCGGUCGAUCACGUAGUCGACUUGACCGGAUCGGAGGCUGAGCCCAAAAGAUCUAUGCCUGUCAAACUGAAAACUCCAGCUCUUUCUGAUGCGCCGGUCGAUGAUCGGAUGUUUUUUGAGUUCUCAAACAUGGGACCUAGAGCAGAAGGAAGAUACCUGUUCGGGCUAAUGCCAUCAUCUAUGUGGUGCAACACUUCGCUGAAGGUUCCCCCUAGUUUCACGAACUUGACUCACUGGUCAGAUCUUCUUGAAGCAGGUCAUCAAGAAGCACUCAAGGCCGGUGUAUACUAUCAUAAGGCCUUUCUUACGGCCGAAAAGGAAAUGAAACUCCUGGCCAGUGAUCGGGAUGAUAGCCAGGCCCUUCUUUCUGCCGCUCGGAAAUUAGCUGCGGAUUUACAAGAACGCGCCAAAGAGGGUGAGAAGGCGAAGGCUGCCCUGGCUGCAAUGCAAGAGAAGACCCGACGUCGCGAUCGGGAAAUUAAGGAACUAUGGGCCAAGGUGCGGGCUGCCGAAUCUGCCGGGGUCAAAUUUGAUAAGGUCAAUGGUGAUAAUCUUCCUGAGCCUUAUACUGCCAAUAUUUCCCAGAUUGCCAAUCAAUCGAUAGUUGACUACCAACGGGGUAAGGGGCUGAACGUCGCUCUGGAGAAUACAACCCGGCAAUUCCUGGGACCUCAUCUUGGCCAAUUUUUGCGCGAAAGCGAAGAUCCCAUCAAGGCAGGCAUCGAUGUCCUGGACAGCACGCCUGAAGGGAAAUCUUUUCUAGAUGUCCUGACCGAGAAAACUGUGACACAAAGUCAGGAUCUACUUUUAGAUAGGAACCUUGAUCUGAUCCUGGAGCAUUUCCCUAAGCCGUUUGAUCCUGAUGAAUUGGGAUUUGAUGAUCUGUUCGGGAACACCUAUGACCGGAUUAUGGAGAAAAGAAACAAAACAGUGUCUGAUGAUGCAGCACAGGCAGAGAGCUCCCAACCUUCUCCUUCCCCGAACGGCAGUCCUCCAGUAGCAUAGCCUUGUAUAUUUUGCCUUUUCUUCUUUUUCUUUUGUAUAUUCCGGCUAGUAAUGCCGAAGAAUAAACUGGAUAUAUUUCUUUAACUGUGGUUAUGUUACUCUUCUGUUUUUUCUUUGAUUUCUCUCGCUCAUAAUCUUU